AUGUCGGAGAGAAGGUACGAGAGUUAUACGAGUACUCGUACCGAGGAAGCAUCAAAUGCCAUCAGUCAAAAUUGUAAAGAAAUUUUAGAAGAAAUAAAACAGAUCCACUUAAUUUUACUGUUAGAUGAAUUAAUUAAAAUUAAUUUAGUGAAUAAACUUAUUAGUGUGAUACAAGAGAUUUUUGAAAGAUUUAGUGGAGUAACUAGGACUUUUGAAGGGCUUGACAAUGAGUCUUUAAAAAUUAAAAACGUUAGUACAGAGUUGAUAGACCAUUUGAGAUGUUUAGAAGUAUUCGCACAUGAUGCAGCAUAUUCAAAAAGAAAAGAAUUUAUUUCAUUUUUGUCAAUUUCUUCAAAUAAAAUAGAACUAUUAUUUGAAAAUGGUAUAAAUACAGAAAAAGAGAUUAAUAGACGCGCUAGAGUUCUUAGUUCAUGUUUUCACCCAGAUAGAACUACAAAUCCAAAAAGUCCAUAUGUGCUUCGAGAAAUACAUAAAAGUCAAGGCGACGAGUUAUUCAACCUUAUUUACGGGUUCAGAGAACGUUUAUUGAAUAAAUUAAAAAAAACAUUAGAACUAGAGGGCUAUGAAAAAUACGGAAAUAAACUUUGGAAAAUUACUAUUGAUUAUUAUAACGCAUCAAAAGGACAUUGGCACAAGCUAAAGGUGUUAAAGAAAGAUGAUAUCAAAGAACUCUCUUCAGAAUUAUUAAAACGUGAGUGCAUAAUUAUGGGAGAAUUGGCUUACAAUCAAUAUCGAGCAGCAUGCAAAAUAGCAGAUAAAGCUAAACUGAUAAAAAGACAGGUAAAAUUGAGAGGAUACAUGGCUUUAUGUUUAUAUCUCUCAAACCAAUUUCUAGAAGCCUCAUUAUAUGCUUUUGCAGCAAUUUUUAUACAACUUAAUUCAUAUAGUCUUACGCAAGAUGAAUUAGAUGAAGCAAAAAAAAUAUUUGAUAAAGUUUAUGGUGGAAGAAAAGAGAGAGAAAAGAAGGAGAAAGACGUGUCUUCUUACUCGAAUACUGAUAUUAAAUUAGCGAGUGACCCUAAUCACGUAAUGGCUUUAAUAAAAACCAAUAAUUCUUUCAAUAAUAAUGAGAUUAUUCGGAUUUCAAAUAAUGUAAUUUAUAAUAUUAUUGCUAAACUAUUUGUUAAGGCUGAACGUAGUUUGAUUUGUUAUCAAACGUCAUAUGAGAUCAUUUUGCAUGCAAAGAAGCGCGCAAAUUUGUAUAUAUCUAAAAGAGGUGCAAUUAUGAUAUUGGUAAUGAUUCGAGAAAAACUCAACGAAAUCAUGAAUAAAGCGAUAAGUGCAUAUGAUGAUGAAAAUUAUCAAGAGUUCAUUAAUGUGCUUUCUGAAGAAUAUGAUAAAAACGAACGCCUCUUAAAUUACUCUGCGAAUAAAUUUG